UACAAAUAGCCUUUCACUUUCAACUCCUCCAUCUUUCCACGAACAGAAUUAUCCUGAACUCAACAAAUACUCAAAUUCUUAUAAACAAAGACAUAUAGAGAAAGGAAUUAGAACAAUAAUGGAGAUCAACCACAAUGGAGAAGAUCAACAGCAGAUCAAACCCACGACGGAUCAGGUCAAGAAAGUUGAUUUGAACGACUGGCUUCCGAUCACCCAAUCCAGAAACGGAAAUUGGUGGUACUCUGCUUUUCACAAUGUCACUGCCAUGGUCGGCGCCGGAGUUCUUGGUCUCCCUUACGCCAUGUCGCAGCUCGGCUGGGGACCGGGAGUGGCGGUGAUAAUAUUAUCAUGGAUAAUAACGUUGUACACACUAUGGCAAAUGGUGGAGAUGCACGAGGAGGUACCAGGGAAGAGAUUCGACAGGUACCAUGAGUUAGGGCAGCGCGCUUUCGGGGAGAAGAUGGGUCUAUGGGUGGUGGUGCCACAACAGCUAAUGGUGGAAGUUGGUGUGAACAUUGUGUACAUGAUUACUGGUGGCAACUCUUUGAAGAAGAUCCAUGACUUGGCUUGCCCUGACUGCAAGCCCAUCAAGACCACUUACUUCAUCAUGAUCUUUGCUUCUGUUCACUUCUUUCUUUCCCAUCUCCCUAGCUUCGACUCCAUCACUCUUGUCUCUCUUGCUGCUGCUGUCAUGUCCUUGAGUUAUUCAACAAUAGCAUGGGCGGCAUCAGCACACAAGGGUGUAGUUCCAGACGUUAGCUACGGGCACAGAGCCACAACCACAGCAGGCAACGUCUUCAACUUCUUAUCAGGCUUAGGGGAUGUGGCCUUUGCAUAUGCAGGCCACAAUGUGGUGCUUGAGAUUCAAGCCACUAUCCCUUCCACACCGGACUGCCCGUCUAAGAAGCCAAUGUGGAAGGGCGUCGUUGUCGCUUAUUUGGUGGUCGCGCUCUGUUACUUCCCCGUUGCUUUCGUCGGCUACUUGGUCUUUGGAGAUUCUGUUCAAGACAAUAUUCUUAUAUCCCUCAACAGACCUGUUUGGCUUAUCAUUGCUGCCAACUUGUUCGUUGUCAUUCAUGUUAUUGGUAGCUACCAAAUCUUCGCUAUGCCUGUUUUUGAUAUGUUGGAGUCUUUCUUGGUUAAGCAAAUGAAGUUUCAGCCCUCUCGUUGCCUUCGUUUCGUCACACGAACUACUUACGUUGCCCUCACUAUGUUGGUUGCUAUGACGUUUCCCUUCUUCGGCGGACUUCUAAGUUUCUUUGGAGGCUUUGCAUUUGCUCCCACAACUUACUAUCUGCCUUGCAUUAUGUGGCUUGCCAUCAAAAAGCCAAAACGUUACAGCCUUUCUUGGUUUAUUAAUUGGAUAUGCAUAAUUAUUGGAGUGUUAUUGAUGGUGCUGGCCCCUAUUGGAGCAUUAAGGAAUAUCAUUCUUCAAGCGAAGACAUUCAAUUUUUUCUCUUGAUCAUCGUAUAUAUCUCUACUUAAAACCUCUAGCUCUUGGGCUUGAUCAUCAAGUGCAAUCAAACAGAGAGCUGUAAAUGCUUUUUAGGCAAUUUCUCUCCAUUAAUUUCCUUUUCUUUUCUUUCACUUCCUUUUGGUUGUUAUUGACCGUGCUUGCUCCUACUGGAUCAUCAAAGUUGUAUUAAAAUUGAAA